AUGAAAAUACACACCGGUGUAAAACCUUUUUCGUGUAAUAUCUGUGAAUAUAGAUUUAUUAGAAAAUGUGAUAUAGAAACACAUAUGAAAAUACACACUGGUGAAAAACCUUUUUCGUGUAAUAUCUGUGAAUAUAGAUGUAUUAGAAAAAGUCAUUUGAAAAUACAUUUAAAAACACACACCGGUGAAAAACCUUUUUCCUGUAAUAUCUGUGAAUAUAGAUGUAUUAGAAAAAGUGAUUUGCAAAUACAUAUGAAAACACACACCGAUGAAAAACCUUUUUCGUGUAAUUUCUGUGAAUAUAGAUGUAUUGCAAAGAGUAGUUUGAAAACACAUAUGAAAAGACACACCGGUGAAAAGCCUUUCUCGUGUAAUAUCUGUGAAUAUAGAUGUAUUACAAAAAGUCAUUUGCAAACCCAUAUGAAAAUACACACUGGUGAAAAACCUUUUUCGUGUAAUAUCUGUGAAUAUAGAUGUAUUAGAAAAAGUGAUUUGCAAAUACAUAUGAAAACACACACCGGUGAAAAACCUUUUUCGUGUAAUUUCUGUGAAUAUAGAUGUAUUAAAAAAGUAGUUUGCAAGAACAUAUGA